CCUAUAUAAGUUGGAACACCUCUCACUUUGUCUCGGUCUGCUGCCACCGUCCAGUAACCAGCCAUGAUCCUCCAGGCUGCUGUGCUCAGUGUCCUCUUUUGCUUUGUGCACAGUUUUACUAUACCGGGUUGUUUUGAAAAGAGUGAGGAGUACUCUGGCAACAACAUUGAUGAUGACGAAUUCAGUGUCUUCUCGCUGUUAGAGAAGGCCAAUGUUAAUGUUGGAAAGAACAUCGAUGAACCUCUGGUGUUAGGAGACAUAGCAGUGCCAGACGGUUUCCAGAACGCUGAUCCCUGCACAGCACGAGGCUGCCUGUGGCCUAAAGCCACCGAUGGCAACGUCUACAUACCCUACCGCAUCUCCAACCAAUUCUCCCGAAGAGAGAGAUGUGCCAUCAUCCAAGGCCUGCGGUCAUUUGCUGAGUCCACCUGCAUCCGCUUCACUCCCUUGCGCAGACAGGAGGACUUCCUGGAGAUUCAGUCACGCUCAGGGUGUUAUUCAUAUGUUGGGCGUCGUGGUAGAGGCCAGGUAGUGUCUCUGAUGCGCCAUGGCUGUAUUUUCUUGGGGAUCAUCCAACAUGAGUUGCUCCACGCCCUGGGCUUCAACCAUGAGCAGACCCGGUCCGACAGAGACAAACAUGUUCGCAUCAUACGGGAAAAUAUCAUUCGUGGUUGGCUGGCUCUCUUUAAAAUUUCGUAG